GCACUGAAUUGUUUAAUAAUAAGAAAAAGUACGAUUCGAGAUACUUUUCUGACUAUAUUGACUGAAGUUACUGUAGACGAUCAUUUAACUAUUUUUUCAUAUAAUUUUUCUUUAUUUAUUAAUAAAAUAUAUCAUAAUUUUUUUAUAAAUCAAUCAAUCAAUUCAAUCAUUUCAAUUACAACUUCAGAAAAUUCGUCCGAUAUCCAUAUUAGUAAAAGAGGCUCUAAAUUGGGACGGUUCAAUUUAUCCUUAAUAUGCAACUUAUGUUGUCUUGUUCGAUUGAAUGAUAGGUACAGAGAUGCGCAGAAGACCGAACAAUUCUGAUAACAACCUAUGAAGGGAAUCACAACCACCCAUUGCCGCCGGCCGCCAUGGCUAUGGCGUCCACAACCCAAUCGGCGACGAAGAUGCUGCUUUCCGGAUCCCUGCAAAGCGCUGACGGCGUAAUCAGCCCAAACAUGUUAGCCACCGCUUUAUUCCCGUGCUCGUCAAGCAUGGCGACAAUCUCAGCCUCUGCCCCAUUCCCGACCGUCAUGCUAGACCUAACCCAAACCACAAAUAAUAAUAACAGUAAUAAUCUACUCCAAUUUCCACCGCCAUUGACGCCGCAGGUUUUUGGGCAAGCUUUAUUUUCGCAGUCGAAAUUCUCAGGCCUGCAAUUUUCUCAGAACAGGGAAAAUCAGAACCAAAUCGCAGGAUCUGAUGUCAAUGCUCGGCUUCUUGAGACGAUCAAUUCCAUGGCUGGCGACCCGAACUUCACGGCUGCUUUAGCAGCCGCCAUUUCUUUCUUGAUCGGGAAUUCAUCAGAUCCGGCCAAUGUUACAAACUCCAACACCAACAAUAAUGGCAGUAACAAAUCCACCAAUUCUGGUGUUCAAGCAAAUUAAAUUUGAUAUACUAGACAGGGGAGGAUGAGUCUAUGACGAUACUCCAUAUGAUUCCGAGUUAUGAUGCUUUUUAAAAUUUUGUACUCGCUUCACCUUCAAAGUUUUGGUAGUUCAGUAUCUUCAUUUCGUUGAAUAAUGUAUUUUUAAUUUAAGUUUUGUUUGAUGUUUUUUAGCCCCAUAAGUCACAUUGAAGUAGUUUAUUUUCACGGAGAAUCAAUUGAGUCAUACUCCCUCCGUCCCGCUAUAAUUGUCCUAUUUUACCAUUUCGGU